CGGGAGCCGGGAGUGGGGUCCCCCGGGCUUUCUCUCUUAGCCCCGCCUCCUUCCCGGCUCCAGCUGGGGCCGGCGAGCCUGAGUGGUGGCUACGCUGCUCGCUGGCCUCUCACUCUUCCCAGCAACCGGUGACACUGCCCGCGCGAGACUGACCACUAGCCGGCGCGGGCGAGAGGGACAGGAGCGUGACCUCCCCAUCCCGAGGGGCCGGACGCUCGGGCGCCUUCCCGCUCCCCCAACUCGGAGGCCGCGCGCGCCGUUACCCCCUUCCUCGCUCCCCCGCCCCAGUCCCGCAAUCCGGGAGGCGGGGGUCGGCAGCCGGCUGAGUGGGAACCGCGCGGUGUCUGAGGAGCCAGUCGGCGACCGGUUUCUACUUCAAGCGUGAUCCCCUUGCUUGUGGGAUGAGCUCCAGCAUGGGGUGAGGUACAGAAGAGAGACUCGAAGAGCCUGCCUUGGGACUUAAGCGCCAAACCUGCACCCUAGCAAGUGUCUUACUCCACAUCCGUAAUGGAAGGAAAUGAUGUCUGGAAUUUAAAAUACUCUAGAGCUUCUCUCAACCAAAAAAAAAAAAAAAACGUGGAGUCGUGGUGUGGAUGAAACAAGAAUGGUAAAAUGCACAUCCUACUCCAGAGGCACAAGAGGAGGACAUCCCAUGCUGGCUACUCCUGCCCAGCGUGGUGGGGGAGCAGAAGCUCCAGAGCCCAGACUUGCAGGCUCACGGUGCAGGGUGAACCUGGCCACAGCUCACCUCUGGAACAGCCGCAGUGUCUGCCCUUAGAGAAGAACCCUGAAAUCAGACCAGUUUUUGCGGCCUCCCCCUUUCCUCUCUGUUACAGUGCCCUUUCCAGGCCUUAAGAGAAGUAAAACUUAGCCACAGCGUCAGGAGGUGGACGUGGACCCCCGAAUGUGAGUGGCACGGUUCCCUGUGAUCCCAUCCUCACCAUGUUUGCCACAUCUGGGGCAGUGGCAGUGGAGAAGCCUUACGCGUGCAGCGAGUGUGGCAAGAGCUUCUGCUACAGCUCAGUGCUGCUGCGACAUGAACGAGCUCACGGCGGUGACAGCCGCUUCCGGUGUCUAGAAUGCGGUGAGCGCUGUGCACGGGCUGCCGACCUCCGAGCGCACAGGCGCACCCAUGCUGGCCAGACCCUCUACAUCUGCAGUGAGUGCGGACAAAGCUUUCGCCACAGCGGCCGCCUUGACCUACACUUGGGAGCACACCGGCAGCGAUGCCGCACUUGCCCCUGCCGCACCUGCGGCCGCCGCUUCCCGCACCUCCCGGCGCUGCUGCUACACCGGCGCCGUCAGCAUCUGCCAGAGCGGCCCUGCCGCUGCCCGUUGUGCGCCCGCACCUUCCGACAGAGCGCGCUGCGCUUCCACCAGGCGCGGGCGCACCCCCCGGGGACAACCUCUGACCCUGCCGCCCCACCCCACCGCUGCGCGCAAUGCCCGCGAGCCUUCCGGAGCGGCGCCGGGCUGCGGAGUCACGCGCGCAUCCACGUGCCCCGGAGCCCCGUGCGACCCCGUGCCUCCGACGCCCACCAGUGUGGCGUGUGCGGCAAGUGCUUCGGCAAGAGCUCUACGCUGACGCGACACCUGCAGACGCACUCCGGGGAGAAGCCCUUCAAGUGCCCGGAGUGCGGCAAGGGCUUCCUAGAGAGCGCCACGCUGGUGCGCCACCAACGCACACACACGGGCGAGAAGCCGUACGCAUGUGGCGACUGCGGACGCUGCUUCAGCGAGAGUUCCACGCUGCUGCGCCACCGGCGCAGCCAUCAGGGCGAGCGGCCACACGCGUGCGCCACUUGUGGCAAGGGUUUCGGGCAGCGCUCCGACCUGGUGGUGCACCAGCGCAUCCACACGGGCGAGAAGCCCUUCGCGUGCCCCGAGUGCGGCCGCCGCUUCAGCGACCGCUCGGACCUCACCAAGCACCGGCGCACACACACAGGCGAGAAGCCCUACCGCUGCGAGCUGUGCGGCAAGCGGUUCACGUGCGUGUCCAAUCUCAACGUGCAUCGGCGCAACCAUGCCGGCCACAAGCCACACAAAUGCCCCGAGUGCAGCAAGGCCUUCAGCGUCGCCUCCAAGCUUGCACUACACCGCAAGACGCACCUGGGCGAACGGCCAGCGGAGUGCGCAGAGUGCGGCAAGUGCUUCAGCCACAGCCGCUCGCUGUCGCAGCAUCAGCGGGCCCACGCGCGCGCCCGCACCGCUGCUGCCGUUGCCAUCCAGUCCGCAGUGGGCACUGCCCUCGUCUUUGAGGGGCCGACUGAACACGAAAAUCCAGGGUUCUUUGUGUCCUAGUUGAGGGAGGCUUGCUGAGGCUUCUCUAAAGGUGGUUGGGAAGCACCUGUAUAAUACCACGGGGACAGCUGAGGCAACUGGUAGAUGGAGGUUUAGGAAAAGACGAUGUGGCCUCCUGCCUUUCCAGUUUCUGUCGGCAGCCCUUCCCUUGGCCUCCUGCCUCGCCUCUGCACCUACUCCCUGUCGGCCCUUUUGCCAUCCUGCCCUCGUAUAACUCGGAUUCUCUCCUCAGGUGUAGGUGCAGGGAGUCCGGGAAACCUUGGACUCCCCUGAGUGCAAGAGCCCAGGUGUUGGUGUGUCCCUUUAACGCCACUGUGCUUUCUGGUGUUUCCGAUUUUCCUGCCUUUGUUCUGUCUUCUUUUGUCCCAUCUCCUUAUUCCAGCCGGCAUCUUCUCCUUUCCCGAUUACUUUUGUUGUCCUGCCUCUUCCGGUAGUGGUCACAGACUUGGCUGUAGUCACGUUACCAGCCCUGUGGCUUGACUCUUGGUUCCCUGUUAACUCUCUGCCUCUGAGAAAUGUGGGUAUGGCGGUUGGAAAGCUCACUUCCAGGCAGGAUGUCUCCAUGCUAGGAGCUGCCUGCACCCUGGCAGAGGUGGCCACUCACGUGAAGGUGGGCAGGGCCCUUAGCAUGGCCACACGUCCCCCAGGCAGAUCAAGGGUCCUCUCAGAACAAUGUUCCCCAGCCAGGUGAGGAACAUUUUCACUGGGACUCAGGCCAGAAUCACAUGUGUCCACAAAGCCAGGCACUGCCAAGUGGAACAUGAGGUUAUUUCCAAAUCAUGGGAGCCACCAGUAGGGAGAGGGCAGGAUGGAAAAUCCCCUGGAGCUGGUCAACAACUUUUUGCUCAUGGCUAGUGAAAUAAAGUUGUUUGUUUGAGUUAUAGAU